AUGGGAGCUGCUCAUUAUAGCUGCUCCCGAAUUCCUGGUCGCGUUAUCUGUCAGAUGAUCAAUCCAUCAGACGUCUGGCAGUUUGUUUACCUUAUUCUUCAGGCAAAGGAGAUAAGGGCAGGCCACAACUCAUGCUUUAGGCAUGGAUUUCACGUCGCUCUUUCUGCCCCAUGCAAUUUAGGGAAGUCAGAGGAGGAGUACCGUCAUCAGCUGGGGUGCUACGGAGUCUCUGGAGAAUUGGCCGUCCGCCCCGUUGCCAGCCUGUCUGGGGGACAGAAGAGCAGAGUGGCUUUUGCCCAGAUGACCAUGCCUUGCCCCAACUUCUACAUACUGGAUGAACCAACAAACCACCUGGACAUGGAAACCAUUGAAGCUCUAGCAAAAGCACUCAACAAAUUCCGGGGCGGCUUGAUCCUGGUUUCGCACGACGAGCGGUUCAUCCGGCUGGUGUGCAAGGAGCUGUGGGUGUGCGGCAACGGCACAGUCCAGCGCAUCGAGGGCGGCUUCGACGAGUACAGAGACAUCCUUCAAGAGCAGUUCCGGAAAGAAGGUUUCCUAUAAAGCCGCCAGACUGGGGUGCGUGAGCUGGUGGAGAGCAGAACACGCCCUUGCAGCAGCCCUCCCGCUCACCCCAUGGAGUCGCCGGGGGGGA